GCGUGAGUGGGGUGAUAAGCUAAAACAGCAGGCAAACAAAUAGUGGCUCAGAUCGUCCUCUGUCUCUGGACAUACUUGCUUCUAUGUCCUACCUGUGCUCUUUGAGGAACAGAUGGCACUAAAUGUGGAGUUCUAUACCGCAGCCUGGCUGCUUGCAGCGGCUGCUGGUACCUUGCUCUUGUAUGUUAUCUAUCAACUGGCAAGCAGCUACCUGCACAAGUGGAAAGUUAUGAUGCCGAUCCCAGGAUUGGAAGGGACAUACCCGCUCAUUGGCAAUACACUGCAAUUCAAAUCCAACGCUGGAGACUUCUUUAGCCAGGUGGUCGAUUACACGGUCCAGUACAAAGAUACACCACUGCUAAAAGUUUGGCUUGGUCCCAUUCCUUUCGUCAUUUUGUUUCGUGCAGAAACUAUCGAGACUGUGUUGAACAACCCUGUUCAUAUGGACAAGGCUUACGUCUACAAAUUCCUCCUUCCCUGGCUUGGGACUGGUCUCCUUACCAGCACUGGGGACAAAUGGCGCAGACGACGUAAGAUGCUGACCCCUUCCUUCCACUUCUCCAUCCUGACGGACUUUCUGGAGGUGAUGAACGAGCAGGCGGAGGUGCUGGUGGAGAAACUGGACAAACUGGCGGGCAAAGGGCCGUUCAACUGCUUCAACCACAUCACGCUGUGUGCCCUGGACAUCAUCUGUGAAACUGCCAUGGGGAAAAAAAUCUAUGCACAGAGUAACUACGACUCUGAAUAUGUGCGCUGUGUCUACAAAAUGAGUGACAUCAUUAGCGGGAGGCAGAGGAUGCCCUGGUAUUGGCCUGAUUUUGUGUACAGCUACUUUGGGGAGGGCAAGGAGCAUGACAAAACCCUCAAAGUCCUUCAUUCUUUCACAGAGAGUGUGAUUUAUGAGAGGGCAGAGUAUAUCACAUACAUUGAGUCAGACAGCGAAUCAGAUCAAGGCAUGCGAAAGAGACGGGCAUUCCUGGACAUGUUACUGAAGACGACAGAUGAGGAAGGCAACAAGCUGUCCCACAGAGACAUCCAGGAAGAAGUAGACACCUUCAUGUUUGAGGGCCAUGACACAACAGCUGCCUCUAUGAACUGGGCAAUUCACCUUCUGGGCUCCCAUCCAGAGGUGCAGCGCAAAGUCCAGCAGGAACUGCAGGAGGUGUUUGGUGAAUCCGACAGGCCAGUCAACACUGAGGACCUGAAGAGGCUUCGCUACUUGGAGUGUGUGGUGAAGGAGUCCCUCCGGCUCUUUCCCUCCGUCCCCUUUUUUGCACGCACCAUCUGUGAGGACACACAAAUCAGUGGUUUCAAAGUGCCAAAAGGAGCUAACGCUAUAAUCAUCACCUACGCCCUCCACCGUGACCCGCGCUUCUUCCCAGACCCAGAGGCGUUCCGCCCCGAGCGUUUCCUGCCCGAGAACUGCGUGGGGAGGCAUCCAUACUGCUACAUCCCCUUCUCUGCUGGCCUCCGCAACUGCAUCGGUCAGCGUUUUGCACUGAUGGAGGAGAAAGUGGUCCUGGCGUCCAUCUUGCGAUACUUUGAUGUGGUGGCGUGCCAGAAGCGAGAGGACCUGCGCCCCCUGGGAGAGCUCAUUUUGCGACCUGAGAAAGGAAUCCUGAUCCGACUAGAGAGGAGGAGGCACACGCACAGUUCUUAACAGACAAACAUGGCCGACGACACAGCACACCACAACCCUGUAACACAGAACAACAUAUAACAAGAGACAUUCUGUAACACCAACCCAUUUUCAAUCUGACAGAGGUCAUAGAGUUAUGGUGAGCCUAUUUCUAUUUAGAUUUCCAGUGUUUUAUCUCCUACAGUGUAGACAGCACAUUGGUUCAGUCUUAGUUUAUAGUAAGUGGUAUGCUCUGAGAAAUGCACAUCAGAAUCUGUGGAGAUAGUGCCAUAGCAUAAAUUAACCCUCACUUCGCUCAGCAAAGCAUUUGGAAUAUAAUACAUUCUCUAUAUAACUAUUUAUCAUCGUCUACAACUCAGUGCAUUACUAUUGCUUUACUUAUUGCCACCAAAACAGGAGCACACUAUUAUAUUAUAGGAUCGCCUUUGGCUCUGAUUAUGGCGCACAUUUGCUGUGCCAUUUUGUUGAUGAGUGUCUGCAAUGUUACAAAAUGUAUUUCCAUUCAGUGUUGCAUUCAUUUUCACCAAACUCUUGUAUUGAUGAUGAUGGAGUCUGAAUGCUGCACAAGGCCUUCUCCAGCACAUCCCAAAGAUUCUCAAUGAGAUUAUGGUUUGGACUCUGUGAUGGGCUGCAAUGAGUUGCUUGUCAUUUCUUGAACAAUCAUGUCAGAAGACGAAUUAUGUGGUUUUGUAAAAGAUAUUAGUCCAUUCAAGAAGGAUGAAAUCAUUGGCAUCAGCAAUCACAUGCAAUCACACUUGGUGUCAGCUCUAUGUUCAGCAGUAGUAUGUGCUCAACGAAUGAGGUCAGCUGACCACCAGAAUAGUGAAUAACCAGUUAAAUACAUGAAUGGAUUUUUCUUUGAUGACUCAAGCAUAAUCUGACUGUUCUCAGAUUUCCCAUUAACGGGCCCUAACAUGACGCUAACGGUAGGACACUCGUCUGGUACGUGGCCGAACCGGGUUCGAUUCCAGCCUGGGUCCUUUGCCGACCCUUCCCCGUCUCUCUCUCUUUCCCAACUCACUUCCUUUCCCUGCUCCACUAUCCUAUCUCAUAAAAACCUAAUAAAGGCUUGAAAGGCCCAAAAAAUAAUUUAAAAAAAAGAUUUUUUUUUAAAAAUCCCAUAAAUGGCCUGCCUUUUUGUAGAGCCAGUUAUCCAGCUCAAAGCCUUUCAGACAGCCCUGCUUUGACCAGCUCUCCCAGAAUUCCACUCUUAAUUCAUAUGGUGGCACACUGUUCUCUCCACCCUCGAGGCAUAGCCCAACUGAGUGGAAGACUUCACUCCUGUUUGAUUGAUUUCCAGUUUAUACAAAGACGUUUGUGUGUGUGUGUGUGUGUGUGUGUGUGUGUGUGUGUGUGUGUGUGUGUGUGUGUGUGUGUGUGUGUGUGUGUGUGUGUGUGUGUGUGUGUGUGUGUGUGUGUGUGUGUGUGUGUGUGUGUGUGUGUGUGUGUGUGUGGCGAUUGUUAGGGAUUAUGCACAUGCGCAUACGUGGCUGAGUAUAAGUUUGUGUUUAUCCCACAGGCCCAGGAUACCAUAGAUCUUAAAAUAGACAUGAUUUAUAGACUGCAGCCAGUACACUGCAGAGAUCCACACAAUAUUACAGUUUUUUCAAUUGCUAACAAGCGCUUAUCCAUACUAAACUCUUUAAACAGACUGACUCCUACACAAUUCAAUCGGCUAAAUGGUUAAUUUUCUUUAAAAAAACACAUACUGCUAAAUAUAUACCAAGUAUUCAUUUCUGUUUCAGAAUCAUGGUUAUCUUCCACACACCGCGCUCUUCCGUCUUGCUGGUGCGUCUCUGAAGUAAUCUAGUAGUAGGGAAUGGAUCACACUCAAUUUUUCUUCUUUCUUGUGGUUUUAUUUUAUUUUAACUUUGCAGGGACUGACAUGACAGACGUUUCGGCUGCACAGAGCCUUCUUCAGUGUCACCAGGUGAAUGUUAAAAUAAAAUAAAACCACAAGAAAGAAGAAAAAUUGAGUGCGAUCCAUUCCCUACUACUAUGUUUCAGAAUCAUGUGCAUUUUCCAAUUUCAAUCAGUGAUGACUUUCUUCACAAUUUCACUUUUUUCACUUUUGUCAACAGAAUUGGUGAUUGAUUGACUGUUUUUUUUAUCAAUCAUCUGUACUGUCUCCUAAUGUCAUGUGAAGGCAUUUCACUGUAAUAAAGUUUUGGAUGUUGUAUUUCAA